AUGGGCGGCGGGCGGGCGCGCCGCGCGCUGGCGGCGGCGCCCGCGGCGCUGCUGCUGCUGCUGGGCCUGCUCUGGCCGAGGGGGGCGUGUGGCGGCUACCACGAGAAGCGUCUGCUUCACCACCUGCUGGACCACUACAACGUGCUGGAGAGGCCGGUGGUCAACGAGAGCGACCCGCUGCAGCUCUCCUUUGGCCUCACGCUCAUGCAGAUCAUCGACGUGGACGAGAAGAACCAGCUACUUAUAACAAACAUCUGGCUAAAACUGGAGUGGAAUGAUAUGAACCUGAGGUGGAACACUUCUGAUUUCGGUGGCGUCAAAGACUUGCGGGUGCCGCCCCACAGGCUAUGGAAACCAGAUGUCCUUAUGUACAACAGUGCGGAUGAAGGGUUUGACAGUACGUACCCCACGAACGUGGUGGUACGCAACAACGGGUCGUGCCUGUACGUGCCGCCAGGCAUCUUCAAGAGUACCUGCAAGAUAGACAUCACCUGGUUCCCCUUCGACGACCAGCGCUGCGAGAUGAAGUUCGGCAGCUGGACUUAUGAUGGAUAUCAAUUGGACCUACAACUACAAGAUGAAUCGGGUGGAGAUAUAAGCAGUUUCGUCACGAAUGGCGAAUGGGAGCUUAUAGGCGUCCCAGGCAAGCGGAAUGAAAUCUACUACAACUGCUGUCCGGAGCCGUACAUAGACAUCACUUUCGCGGUGGUGAUACGACGGAAGACACUCUACUACUUCUUCAAUCUGAUCGUGCCCUGCGUGCUGAUAGCCUCCAUGGCGCUGUUAGGGUUCACCCUGCCGCCCGACUCGGGAGAAAAGCUGUCUUUAGGUGUGACGAUCCUGCUGUCGUUAACGGUGUUCUUGAACAUGGUGGCGGAGACGAUGCCGGCGACCUCCGAUGCAGUGCCUCUACUGGGUACCUACUUCAACUGCAUCAUGUUCAUGGUAGCCUCCUCCGUCGUCUCCACCAUACUCAUCCUCAACUACCACCAUCGGCACGCAGACACGCACGAAAUGAGCGACUGGAUCCGCUGCGUGUUUCUGUACUGGUUACCGUGGAUCCUGCGCAUGUCGCGCCCGGGUUCGGCGGCGACGCCCCCGCCCGCUCGCGCGCCGCCGCCGCCGGACCUGGAGUUGCGCGAGCGCUCGUCCAAGUCGCUCCUCGCGAACGUGCUCGAUAUCGACGACGACUUCCGCCACACGCACGCGCAGCAGCCGCCUUGCUGCCGAUACUACAGGUCCCUCGACGAUCUACACGAACACUACUCGCCAGGGGCUGAGGAGAAUGGCGCGGGGCUGGCGGCGCACAGUUGCUUCGGUGUCGACUAUGAGCUGUCGCUCAUACUCAAAGAGCUUCGAGUCAUCACAGAUCAGAUGCGCAAAGACGACGAAGACGCGGACAUUUCGCGCGACUGGAAGUUCGCCGCCAUGGUCGUGGACAGACUGUGCCUUAUUAUCUUUACCCUGUUCACAAUCAUUGCCACGCUAGCCGUGCUGCUGUCCGCGCCACACAUCAUGGUGUCGUAGCGACCCGCCCGCCUGCGGCUGCGCAUGCGUAACGUUCUGUGAUAACGCGAGUACUUGUUAAGUUGUGAUGUGCGAAGCGGCGCGGGCGUCGACGCCGCGGCGUCGGAGUUGCCGCCGCCCGCCUCGCCGCCCGCGCCCCCCUGUAGACAUAAGUUACCGCUGACUGCCAUUCCUAUGCGCUCAAACGAAUACUGCCUAUCCGACUAAUGUCCUAUGAAACUUUGUGACCUCCUGUCAGCGACUCGUGCUCUUUUCUCCCAAGAACCAAUAAAUGACCAAGGGUCGUUAACCUUGGGAAAUGUAAUACUACCAACUAGUCUCUUAUAGAGUCAAGAAAGGUGUUCGAGAGGGACGAGUGGUUCCGUGCGGAGGGAGCCGCCAGACAACGUAGUAGGUACGUGGCAGUAGUGGCUGUGCCGGGCCGCGCGCUGCCCGCGGUUGCGGCCCGGCGGCCCGCUGGCAGCUCGACAGCUCUACGCUAGAGUAGUCGCCGUCUCGAAUGGUCCACCUCGGUGGCCAGUUCUGAAAAUUUUAGCACAAAAACGUCUUCCUUCAUACCGUUGAACGACCUGGUUCGCAUUAAAAAUUUAACUUUGUUAGAACUUUCUCGAUUCUUGAAAUCUAUUGUACAGUUUAGGAUUUGGGCAGUAAAUAAGCAAUGGCCCUUUGUUUCCUUCUUGUUCGAUUCCGUGAAUCGUGGUUAUGAUCCCUAACUUUAUUUUCAGAUGUAUUUGUGUCAGUAGCUAGUAUAGAACUUUACAAACAAUGUUGAUUCAAUUGGUACAGGUUGUGAUAUGCCUCGUUGUGAACGGGUCGAUAUUGUUAUAAAUGGUAAAAUAUCCAAGGCUAUAGCUUAAUAAAACGUUCGUUAAAAGUUGUAGUAAACAAAAUAUUAUUUUAUUAAAUUCAUACCUGGGUCUUUCGGAAUGACUUAUACAAAUAACUAAAUUAAAUUACAUGAUAUCACGUUUAUACUUCUUUCAAUAAAGUUACAGUAAUCAUGCUGCAAUAAUGUUAGCUUGUGAGCAAAGUUUCUCCUUUUCAAGAAUCUUAAUUAUUGAGAGUAAAAUCAUUCAUCGGGUUGCAAAAUAUUGUAUUCAUGCAUGAUCAUUUCAUCUGUAUUUCAUAAUUUUGUAUGAUUUGUUUAAAAACGGUGUAAAAUAAGUUGACGUUCGUCGAUAGGGAACAUUGAACUGAGGUGCCUAUACAGCAUAUAGUAUAUAGUACAGCAGUCGACUAGUACCGCUGUUACACUGUCUCGACCAGCACUCACGCUCAUCUGACUCACUCCGGCGAUAACUCGCUCAUUGAGUUCGACCAUAUUCACUUCUGAUCCACAAAUACAUUGUGACCCAAUCCUGACAUAACUCAUAUACAAGGAUAGGUAUUACUUUCAACUAUUGUUUUCCAGAAAGCAUUGAACACCUCCUAGAAAGAAAACGUCAAUCGUUAUUAGGAGCAGGUGCGGCGGGUACGUAAACUGAAUGUACCCACGCACUGCCUCUAUCAUGUUUUCUUUCUCCGAGGUUAUUGCUAAGAUGUAAUUGUAGGCGUUCCUUUUAGGAAGUUGCUGAACGACUAUGGUUAUGUUGUCAAUGUUUUCUGUGAUCGGUUUACUGUUGUAUAUCUGGUGUCAUCAACCGAUGAUGGCGGUUGUGUGAGGAGCCGGUCGGUGGGGGCCGCGAGUGACCUGCGUCUACGCGCGCCUCGCGGCACCACCGUCAGCAAGGGGACGCACUGCGGUCCCCAUAAUUUGU